AUGAAGAAGCAGAUCCGCAGCGACCUUAUUGAUUUCGGUUCCAACCCACGACGGCGCGACACCCUGCUUCACGGCCUGGGACAAGCACGAGCCCAUGCACAAGGACAAGCCCUGGUUCCCCGAAGUCCACCCAGACUGGACCCCGCUCACGCGCCCCGCCUUCUCUAUCCAGAUCUACGACGUGACGGUGCUGGCAUCCUUUCCCGCGACGAGGCAGCCGAGUACGUCCGCUGCCGGGCCGACCGCCUCUGGCACGCUCAUGUCUUCAACCACGGCGAACACCACUUCCGUCUCGACGUCUACGGGCUCUCCAUCGACCCAAGCGCGUCGGACGAGGAGCGCGCCGCGCGUUGCGUGGGCCACCAGAAAAAAGAGGUGGCGGUAAGACUGGCGACGGGGAGGACCGACAUAUACGUGCCGCGCUACUGGGACGAGGACGAGUGGCACUGGGGCCGGACGGGGUUCCUGCGGGGCGUGAUUGUCGUCGCCGAGCCGGAUGAUGAGAAAUGGAACGACGGCGACGGGGGGUGCUGCCGGUUUGGUGGAAUAGGGCCAGCGCCAGAGCCGUAG